UUUGAAGGUUUUUGAGUUGUGGUCUGAUAGUUAUGUCUGGUCGUGGUAAACAGGGUGGCAAGGCUCGUGCUAAGGCUAAGACCCGCUCCUCGCGAGCUGGGCUCCAGUUCCCCGUAGGCCGGGUGCACCGCCUGCUCCGCAAGGGUAACUACUCUGAGCGUGUCGGUGCCGGGGCGCCGGUGUACCUGGCGGCGGUGCUGGAGUACCUAACGGCUGAGAUCCUGGAGCUGGCGGGCAACGCGGCCCGCGAUAACAAGAAGACGCGCAUCAUUCCGCGCCACCUGCAGCUGGCCAUCCGCAACGACGAGGAGCUUAACAAGUUGCUGGGGCGCGUGACCAUCGCUCAGGGCGGUGUCCUGCCCAACAUCCAGGCGGUACUGCUCCCCAAGAAGACUGAGAGCCACCACAAGGCCAAGGGCAAGUAA